ACAUCCAGUGUUGGGGUGCCUGGUUAUGAUCCUCUCACUCAUCCAGCCUAUCGGGGCCUUGCUGCGCUGCGGACCACAACAUCACCUGAGGUAUCUGUUCAACUGGACACAUUUUUUAAAUGCGGUGGUAAUAAAAUCUAUAGCUGUGGCAGCCAUAUUUACAGGCCUGGACAGGAUUGACAGUGAUGAUGGGUGGCUAUUGAAAGUGAUGGGUGGCUUCUUUGCCUGGGAAGUUCUCUUCAUCAUCAUUUUGGAGGUCCAUGAUUGGGUAGUUAAACACAGAGAUGAUACUGCUGAUCAAAUGGAAUCAGCAUUGGUCAAAGGUGACAGUUGCCUGAUCGCUGUGUACCUUCUGGGAAACCUUUGCUUUUUGGUGGCACUUCUGGUUGGAAUUGGAGAAAAAUGAGCAGCAGCAGAAUCUUCCAGAGUGUUUCCCUGUAGUUUUGUUGAAUUUUAUCAUCAAUUUUAACAUACUUGAUGAGAGACUGCACUGGAAAUUCAGACCCACUGAUGCAUCAGUUGGCGAAUCCUGGAAAGUUUCUCAGUAAUGUCUUUAAAAAAUAUUACUUAUGUUUUUUUUCUCUUUUGCUUUUAGUUGAUAAUUAAGGUGUACUUUCAAUCAGCAUUCAAUUUCACUG